GCCAUCACAGCGUAAAAAUGACCGUCCUGCAAAGUUUCUUCAUCUUCUUCCUCCUCUCUCUGCAGGUCAGAGGCAGCAGAGCCGUCCAAGCAUUGACACAUUAUGGAGAAUCUGGAGGAAACUUCUCGUCUCCAUGCCCCUUUCUCUCUUUUGGAACCUUGAAGAUCUUCUGCAGGGAGAACUGUGAAGGAGAAAAUCUCCUCAUUAGAACAAAUGAAAAGACGGCUCAGAAUGGACGAUACAGAACCGAAUAUGUCCGAGAAGCUUCUAGAACCUACUCUGUUCUGUCUGUGAGCAUCUCAGGGCUGAACCGGUCUGACUCAGGUCUGUACAGAUGUGGUUUAGGCGACUCUUCAUCAUCAGCUUCAUACCAGGACUUCAGACUCGUUGUUGUAGACGCUCUGCUGGAUGGAAACAAAGAUCACGUCUAUAAAGAAGCUGGCAGCUCGCUCACAGUCGCCUGUUCCUUUGGUUCCUCUGGAGGAACCAAAUCCUUCUGCAGAGGAGGACCUGGAGAAGAAGAGGUUCUAGUUCAGACAGGUGGAGACAGAGGUGAAAAAGGCAGAUACACUUUAGAAUAUGAUAAACAGCCUUCAGGAGGAGUUCUGUUGGUGACCAUCACCCAGCUGACCCAGUCUGACUCAGGACGGUACCGAUGUAAGAUGGACAGAAAGUUUUUACCAGAUUUAUACAGAGACUUCAGAAUCAAUGUCACCAAUGCAGUUUUCAAGAGUUUCAGCUCCAGUCCAGCUUCAGUUUUCUCAAAAAUUACAGAUCCGACUCUGAUGAACACCACAGCAUCCGAAGGUUUUUCUUCUAAAACAUCUGAAGAAGUUCUGCUGGUGGUUCUCAUCCUGACGUUUGCCUUCAUUCUGUUCUCUGUGGUGCUGCUGGUUUUCUGUAGGAAAAAAAUAUGCAAACCCAAAAAAGGUACAAAGACAGGAGGCUCAGACAAAAGUGACCAGCAGAGUGAUGCAUAUGAAAAUUAUCCCUCUGGGGAUUUGAUUUACCGGAACUUCAAACCUGUCAACAAGAACAAAAAGUAGAUCUGAGGCUGAAGAACUGGGAAAUCUACAUGAGACCCUGGAUUUGGACUGAUUUAGUCUCUGUUGCUGGAACCUGAUAAAAAUUUAAAGAACCUGAAGAUUAAAAUGAAUGAAUAAAAUAUGAGUCCCUGAAAAAUGUUUUUGAGGAUUUGGGACUGUGGAUCUUUGCUGUAAUUAAUCUUCCAUUUUGUUUCCAUUUUCAAGUAUGUUACAAGUUAAUUUAUCAAGCUUCUUGUUUUAUCUGAAAAUAGUAAAAAUUUUAAUCUCUGUCACUGUUCUUGCAGUGUUUGGUUCUGGUGUUAUAAUAAUAUUAUUAAUAAUAAUCUGUUUUGUUUAUAAGAACCUUUCAUAAAAUGUGAGGUCAUUGUACAAAUAAAAACUAAAAACAACAACAAUAAAACCAGAUAAAAACAUCAAGUUACAUGGAUAGCAGCACUGUUGGUUGUACUGUAAGCAGUAAGAAGGUCCCUGGUUCAAAUCCUGGGCUGAACUGUUUCUUCAUGACGCAUCAAUUUGCUAGUGUUGUGUGUAUGCAUUUAAAGCUGUUUUUGAAUGAAAUAAACAAAGAAAUAAAAAACAAAUACAUAAAAAUAUAGAGCGGAAAAAAAAAUACGGACGAGUAUGUAACACAUGUAAGGGGCGCUACUGAUGACUAAACAUAACCGAAUACAAAAACAUCUCCCUGUUAAAUAUGAUUUAACUUGAGAUUGGAUUAACUUGUAUCUUCAUUACUAAAAGUUGUGUGUAACUAUGUUUGUGUAUUUGCCACCAUCAUGCCCAAAUUUCCUGAUUGUGGGAAAGUGAAGGAAUUUUGUAUCUUAAUUUUAUCUGCUGUACAUUUGAAACCUCAGAUUGACAGAAAUAAAAAUAAAAGCUGAAAAAUAUUGAUGGCCCAAUAAAUAAACCAAGACACAUAUAAUGUAACAAAUAUUUUUUUAAAAAAAUUAGUACUAAUUUUAUAUUAAUAGGACUUUCGGAUUUCUCUCUAUUUCCAAAUAAUUAUUUAAGCAUUUUUGUUUUGCUGUCUUCUUCAUUUUUACAUGUUUUUCUUUUCCUAGGAAUGCAUUAAUGUCUCUUUUACCCCUGGAAUUUUAAGUUUCAAGCCUUUU